CUUAUUUAGUUGAACGUUUCGCUGGCCAAGGAACAUCUGUCGAAUUUCUGCAUCCAGUGCGACGAGUUGUUCUAGCGCAAAAUGUGGUGGACAGUGGUUGGCGUUUUGGGUGGCAUUCUGAGUGCCAUCUAUCUGUUCCUGUCGUGGAAUUUCGAUUGCUGGAAAAAGGACGGCAUUAAAGGCCCGAAGCCGAGGUUGCUGUUUGGAAAUCUUCCGAAUGUUCUAAAACAGAAGAAACACAUUUUUUACGAAUACGAGAAAAUUUACAAUGAUUUCAAGACCGAACCCGUAGUGGGUUACUUCAGCGUUCGGACACCGCAGUUGAUGAUCCGCGAACCAGAGCUUAUCAAAGAGGUGCUCAUCAAGGGCUUCCGCUACUUUUCGGCAAACGAGUUCUCCGAUGCUGUGGAUGAAAAGUCCGAUCCCCUGUUCGCAAGAAAUCCAUUCAGCUUGUCCGGAGAAAAAUGGAAAACUCGUCGAGGGGAAAUCACACCGGCCUUCACGAACAACAGAAUAAAGGCACUUUCGACACUCAUGGAUGAAGUGUGUGAUAGGAUGACAGACCACGUCAAAAAACAAAAAGAACCAGCCGUUGAUACGAAGGAGCUCAUGUCGAAGUACACCACUGAUGUAGUUUCAAACUGCGUAUUCGCCAUCGACGCCCAGUCAUUUUCCAAGGACAAGCCAGAAAUCCGUGAAAUGGGUCGUCGGAUCAUGGAUUUCAAUUUUAGAGCUCAGAUUAUUCUGAUGAUAACAACUUUCCUGCCGUCGGUCAAAAAGUUCUACAAAUUUACGUUUUUGCCACGGGAAGUUGAGCAAUUCUUCAUUCGCAUCAUGAAAGAUGCCAUCCGCCAUCGUAAGGAAAAUAACAUAGUUCGCAACGAUUAUCUGGACCACCUUCUAUCGCUGCAAGAGAAGAAACAGAUUUCGGAAAUUGAUAUGGCAGGUCAUGGGGUAUCGUUCUUCGCGGAUGGCUUUGAAACGUCCAGUACGGUGAUGACAAACUGUCUUUUCGAUCUGGCAUCUCAUCCUGAAAUCCAGACCAGAUUGAGAGAGGAAAUUCGCAACGUCCAGGCUACCAAAGGUGGCAUCAAUUAUGACAAUAUUGGAGAAAUGACCUAUCUAGAUCAAGUUCUGAACGAAACACUGAGAAUUCACCCGAUUAUUCCGGUUCUGCGUAAACGAUGCACCGAAAGCACUGUGCUGGUUGGACCCAAAGACCAGAAAAUACCAGUUUCGGCAGGAACUACAGUUGUCAUUCCAUACUUUGUUCAACUCGAUUCACAGUAUUACCAAGAACCUAACAAGUACAAUCCUGAGAGAUUCUCGCCUGAAAACGGUGGAACAAAACCCUACCGAGAACGAGGAGUGUACUUCCCGUUCGGCGAAGGACCUCGAAUGUGCCUUGGAAUGCGUUUUGCCAUUGCUCAAGUGAAGCGAGGAAUCAUUGAGAUCAUCGAUAAAUUUGAAAUCUCCGUCAACUCUAAGACGCAGGUUCCCUUGAAAUACGAGCCAAAAAUGUUCAUGCUGUAUCCGGUGGGAGGCAUCUGGUUAGAUUAUAAGUCCAUCAAAUAAGUUUUUAAAUCUUAUACGAAAAACAAUAUAUUUCGCUGCAUAAAAUA